UAUUCAAUAUGUAAGUGUGUUUAUGGUUUGGUCGGUAGGCACCAACCACAAUGCAGUGUUAGUUCCAGCUAAUAAGACACAACACAAGAGCUGUAUCAAAAUUCUGCAUAUUUAGUGAGAAAUAUGCUCAAUUUUUCUUGACACUGUCAACAUGAGGCCACACGGUGGCCGAGUAGUUAGCAUGUUGGCCACACAGUCAGGAGAUCGGGAAGACCUGGGUUUGAAUCUCUGUGUGGAGUUUACAUGUUCUUCUGUGGGUUUUCUCCGGGUACUCCGGUUUCCUCCCACGCUCCAAAAACAUGCAUUUUAGGUUAAUUGCCGACUCUAAAUUGUCCAUAGGUAUGAAUGUGAGUGUGAAUGAUUGUUUGUCUACAUGUGUUCUUCGGCUGACUGGCGACCAGUCCAGGAUGUACCCCGCCUCUCACCCAAAGUCAACUGGGAUGGGCUCCAGCAUACCUCCGCGAUCGUAAUUAGGAUAAGCGGCAUAGAAAAUGGAUGGAUGGACUGUCAACAUGAUGUUUAUAAUGGUUGUUCUAACGCCCUGAAUAUACUUUUUCCUGUUUAGUUACAUGAAAGGGGCAAAACAUUAAAAACGUCUUCCAGUGUGAUACAGUGGAGUUCUACUGUUCACUGCACACUACAUCUACAAUAAUAAACAUGUUGUCAUGUGAAUACUUUUUAAAUACAGCUCUUGCGUUGGAUCUCAUUCGAUUGUGCAGUCGUGUCUUAAUAGUUGAUUGCAUGUUGGCAGCAACAUGGUAAGCCCACUUUGUUCUAUGUGUCUUGCUGUCCAUCCAAAAACAAAGUGAGCUUCAUGUGCUAUAACCUUUGGCUCUACACCAGAUAACUUUAGCUUCACAGCUUGCAUGGACGCUCUAAGCCUUUUUGGGGGCUUGUGGUGUUCCAAAGUAGAUUUACCUUCAAUAACCAUUUAAUAAAUCUCUUUCCAUUAGACUCGGAGGCUUCGUAAGAGCCGGCUGCAUUAAGCCUGAUUAUGGGAUGUGCAGCAGAGGAAAGGGGUCUAUGUGUCAAUGGUUUUCUCAUGGUGACCCUUGACCUGUGGCUGCAUCUCCAGCAUGGACACCAAGGGCCCCGCUGGCACCUUCAAGAGAUCCUCCCUGAAACGCAGCACAUCUGGAUCUCAGAAGGCCCAGCGAGUUUGGAUUGAGAGGACUUUUGUGAAGAGAGAAUGUAUUCACAUCUUUCCAACUAAGGACACCACCAGAUGUGCAUGCGGUCAGCUGACAACGCAACACGUGGCUAUUCCUCCUGGCGCCAACUCUCUGGAGGAGGCUCACCAGCUAGUGCAGAUCGACACACCGAAGGAUAAAUGGAGCGUGAUCAAGCACACCAGGACCUAUCCGACGGACGCCUUCGGUGUGAUCGAGUUCCAGGGCGGAGGGUUCAUCAACAAGGCCAUGUACAUCCGUGCCUCGUACGACACAAAACCCGACAACCUUCUGCAUCUGAUGGUGAAGGACUGGCAGUUGGAGCUUCCCACACUACUCAUCUCCGUGCACGGUGGCCUCCAGAACUUCGACCUGCAGCCCAAACUCAAGCAGGUUUUCGGCAAAGGCCUGAUUAAAGCCGCCGUCACUACGGGUGCAUGGAUCUUCACUGGUGGGGUCAACACUGGUGUGAUUCGUCAUGUGGGAGACGCCCUAAAGGACCAUUCCUCCAAGUCACGGGGGAAAGUGUGUGCAAUCGGAAUAGCCCCGUGGGGAAUCCUGGAGAAUAAAGAGGACCUCAUUGGAAAAGAUGUAACCCGACCCUAUCAGACGAUGGCCAACCCACUGAGCAAGCUGGCAGUGCUCAACAGCAGCCACUCGCACUUCAUCCUGACGGACAAUGGCACUUGCGGCAAGUACGGAUCUGAGGUCAAACUGCGCCGCCUCCUGGAGAAGCACAUCUCACUGCAAAAGAUCAACACCCGUUUGGGCCAGGGCGUACCGCUGGUGUGUCUGAUCGUGGAAGGCGGUCCUAACGUUAUCUCCAUCGCCUUGGAGAGUCUGAGAGACGAGCCUCCCAUUCCAGUGGUGGUGUGCGACGGCAGUGGCCGCGCCUCUGACAUCAUUUCCUUUGCACACAAGUUCUCAGAGGACGGAGGACUUGUCAACGACGACGUGCGCGACCAACUCUUGGUGACCAUUCAGAAGACUUUCAACUACAGCAAAAGCCAGUCGCAGCAAAUCCUGCUUAUGGUGAUGGAGUGCAUGAAGAAGAGGGAACUGAUCACAGUUUUUCGAAUGGGUUCAGAAGGGCAACAAGACAUUGAAAUGGCCAUUCUUACUGCCUUGUUGAAAGGCACCAACGCUUCAGCAGCCGACCAGCUCAGUUUGGCUCUGGCCUGGAACAGAGUGGACAUUGCUCGCAAUCACAUCUUUGUCUAUGGACAUAAUUUACCUCCGGCAGGUGCCAUCGCCAACACUACAACCACAAUGGCCCCGACUCAAGAGAAGCAGAAGAGUCCCUCCAGUGCCCCUCGCAACAAAACCAGAGGAAAGAAGGGGAAGGGUAAAGGAAAGGCUAAGCCCGAAAUUCCAGAGGAAACAGAUCCAAGGAAACUGGAGCUGAUUCGUUGGGUGAAUUCCCUGGAACAGGGCAUGAUGGAUGCUCUGGUGCUGGACAGAGUGGACUUUGUCAAGUUGCUUUUGGAGAAUGGUGUCAAUAUUCACCACUUUCUUACCAUUCCGAGACUGGAGGAGUUAUACAACACGAAACUUGGCCCUGCUAAUACUCUGCAUGCUGUAGUUAGAGAUGUCAAAAAGGGAAACCUUCCCCCAGAUUACCAGAUCACUUUGAUUGACAUUGGCCUGGUGCUGGAGUACCUUAUGGGCGGAGCUUACAGGAGCAAUUACACCAGGAAGGCUUUUCGAAACCUCUACAAUAAUUUGUAUGGACUAAAAAGGCCCAAAGCUUUAAAGCUCCUCGGGAUGGAGGAUGAUGAACCUCGAUCCAAAGGCAAGAAAAAGCCGAAGAAGAAAAAGGAGGAAGAGGUGGAAAUUGACGUGGAUGACCCAGAGGUGUGUCGCUUCAAGUAUCCCUUCCAUGAGCUGAUGCUGUGGGCGGUCCUGAUGAAGCGCCAGAAGAUGGCGCUCUUCCUCUGGCAGCGUGGAGAAGAGGCCAUGGCCAAAGCCUUGGUGGCUUGCAAGUUGUUCAAAGCCAUGGCUCACGAGUGCUCUGAGAGCGAGCUGGUGGACGACAUCUCUCAAGACCUGGAGAACAACUCGAAAGAAUUUGGCCAGCUGGCCUACGAGCUGCUGGACCAGUCGUACAAGCACGACGAGCAGGUGGCCAUGAAGCUGUUAACCUACGAGCUGGUCAACUGGAGUAACUCCACCUGUCUGAAACUUGCCGUGGCUGCCAAGCAACGAGACUUCAUCGCACACACGUGCAGCCAGAUGUUGCUCACCGACAUGUGGAUGGGCUGCUUGAGGAUCGGCAAGAACCCAGGCCUCAAGGUCAUUUUGGGAAUUAUCUUCCCUCCGCUGAUUCUGCUGCUGGAUUUCCGUAUUGGAGAUGAUGUAUCCUACGUUGCACCCGGAGGCAAAGAAGAGGGAAAAGACAAAGAUGACGACACCAAAUCCAGCAAGGAACCAAAUGAUGCAACUUCCCGCAAAGGGGACGAAGAGGAAGGCAGCACUAAUGUCCGCAAAAUCCCCAUUGGCAAAAGAUUCUUUGAGUUUUAUGAUGCACCCUUCACCAAAUUCUGGUUCAACACUAUUUCCUACCUGGGCUACCUAAUGUUGUACAACUACAUCAUCCUGGUCAAGAUGGAGAGGUGGCCGUCCAUUCAAGAGUGGACCGUCAUUGCUUACAUCCUUACCCUCGGCACUGAAAAAGUCAGACAGAUCUUGAUGUCCGAGCCUGGCAAGCUGAAGCAGAAGAUCAGCGUGUGGCUGGAGGAGUACUGGAACAUCACAGACCUGGUGGCUAUCUCCACCUUCCUCCUGGGCCUCAUGCUGAGGCUGCAGCGUGAGCCCUACAUGGGCUACGGCAGAGUCAUUUACUGCAUUGACAUCAUCUUCUGGUACAUCCGAGUACUGGACAUCUUUGGAGUCAACAAAUACCUGGGGCCCUAUGUGAUGAUGAUAGGAAAGAUGAUGAUUGACAUGAUGUACUUUGUAGUCAUCAUGCUGGUGGUGCUAAUGAGCUUCGGAGUGGCCCGCCAAGCCAUCCUUCACCCUGAUGAGGAACCAACAUGGCGUCUGGCUAGAAACAUUUUCUAUAUGCCCUACUGGAUGAUCUAUGGAGAGGUUUUUGCGGACUCGAUAGACCGUAAGACUAGAAUUCAUAUAUAUGCAAUGGAAAUCAACCCUCCAUGCGGUGAACAUUUAUACGACGAAGACGGAAAGAAGCUGCCUCCAUGUAUCCCUGGUGCCUGGCUCACCCCUGCUAUCAUGGCCUGUUACCUUCUGGUGGCCAACAUUCUUCUGGUCAACCUGCUCAUUGCUGUCUUCAACAACACCUUCUUCGAGGUCAAGUCCAUCUCCAACCAGGUGUGGAAGUUUCAGAGAUAUCAGCUGAUCAUGACCUUCCACGACCGCCCCAUCCUGCCUCCGCCUCUCAUCAUCUUCAGCCACCUCUACAUCCUCUUCAGCAGGCUCUUUCGACGCUGCGCCAAGAAGAAGCAGGAUGGGGAACUGGACGAGAAGGACCGCGGCCUCAAACUCCGACUGAACCCGGAGGAGCUAAAGAACCUCUAUGAGUUUGAAGAACAGUGUGUGGAGGAAUAUUUCCGAGAAAAGGUGGAUGAGCAGCAGUCCUCUAGUGAUGAACGCAUCAAGGUUACGUCAGAAAGAGUGGAGAACAUGUCCAUGCGUCUGGAAGAGGUCAACGAGAGGGAGAACACCAUGAAGGCCUCCCUGCAAACGGUGGAUCUCCGUCUGGCCCAGCUGGAGGAGAUCCACGGUCGAAUGGCGGUGGCCUUAGAAAAGCUGGCAGGGGUGGACCGUCUGGAGCUGACCAGGACUUAUUCUCGCAACUCUUCGGUGUGUGAUCCUACCUCACUGGUUCGUCAGGGGAGCAUAAACAGCGCAGACGGUUACAGCCUCUACCGCUUCAACAUGGACAUCGAGGAGUUUGCAUCCAAGCAGAAGGACACGGAGGAACCAGUGAAAAGCAGCCUGGAACGACAGAAGAGUCUGCUUCAAGCUUCCAGUACGUGCGCUCUUAACGCCAAGGAGAGCACACAGACCUUAGAAGUUGGCAGCCUGAGUAGAACAAGACCUAGCUCUUGCGUGGACAUCCUUAUAUCUCCGUGUGAACCCAAGCAGGUGUCUGCAGGAUCUAGCCAAGACAACUUAACCAACAAGGACGACCACGGAAGCACGUUGCUGCUAGAUAGAAUCGCAGACAAGAACAGACUGAAACCAACCUCCCCUCCAAAAAGGACUAAAUCACUGAGGCACUAUCCAGCUGAAGACCAGUCAACCUCUCCUUUGACCAAGAAGAGGAGCAUGAGCACCAUCAUCAUCAGCCCUCCUGAUGAACCAGAGGAACCACCUGAAGCCACCAAAAAACUCCCCUUUGAGACCCUCGCUUCUCCUAAAAGGACUAAAUCUUUGCGAUACGUCCCCCUCCAGACGUCCCCUCUUAAAAAGAAGAGGGCCAUGAGCAGCAUCAUCUACAAUCCAGCUGAGGCAGAUGAUGACGUUCUCCAUGCUCAAGACUACACGUCUCUUGUGGAGCAGGCGACCAAAACGCCCAAUCAGUGGCCUGCAAACUUGGAGUAUAAAGUCCAUCCUAGUGUUGUCGGUCACAUUCCUAAAGUGUCAACAGUGCGGACUGCCAUCCAACAGUUCCAGAGUAUCUCCGAUGGUGCAGAGAUCACAACAAAUGAGGGUGCGGCAGUUCAUGUAGAAAAAGAAGGAACUCCGCCCACAGUUGCGCUCACAGAAGACCAUAUCAAGAUGAAGGUGAAGAGAAACAUGUCGGACGGCGCUCAGUAUCUGACGGUCGCUGAGGACAUGUACCUGCCAUCACACAGGUCGCAGAGUUGGAACGCAGCAGACAAAAAAGCAAGAGGCCCAGUGGUUAGCAAGAGAGCAUCCAGCUGUGAGAGAAACCUUGUGGACGCACGCAAGAUACAAGCAGCCAAGAUGGAGGAUGGCAAACGGGAUAAGAAAUGAGUCACAAAUGAAUGGUUGGAAAUGGCCGCAAUGUAUCCUCAAGGACGUUAUCUGGAUUUCCAUAACGCUCACAGGUCACACUCAUUCAUCUCAAGCACUUUUAUUACGUCAUCACUUCGUGGUACCACUUUAUAGCAUCUUCCCUAACUGUGUGGACACCGGAAAAGGUAAAAAUAGGAACAUUUACAAGAAUAUGAAGUUAAAAUUCUUUCAUUCAUUCAUUUUCUAUGCCGUUUGUCCUCACUGGGGUCGCGGGGGUAUGCUGGAGCCUAUCCCAGCUGACUUUGAAGUUAAAAUACUACGAGAAAAUAAGAAAUAAAGCCAUAAUAUUAUGAGGAAAAGUCGUAAUGUUACAAGAAUAAAGUUGAAAUGAGAAUAUAAGUCAUAUUGUUGACAAAAAAGUUUGAAAUCAUAACAUUAUGAAACUAUCCAUCCAUCCAUUCUUUUUCUAUGCUGCUUAUCCUCACCAGGGUGGCGGGUAUGCUGGAGCCUAUCCCAGCUGACUUCGGGCGAGAGGCGGGGUACACCCUGGACUGGUGGCCAGCCAAUGGCAGGGCACAUAUAGACACACAACCAUUGUUAUGAAACGAAAUUCCUUAUAUUACAGCAAAUAGUCGCAAUUUUACCCCCCAAAAAUGCAGAAUAUUAUAAGAAAAAUAAUGUUAGAAGAAUUAAAAUGAAGAGAAAAAAAAUGUAAUGUUACGAGAAUAACACCGUAAUAUUACAGGGAAAAAAAUGAAUAAUGUUAUGAAAAUAAAGUAGUAAUAUUACGGGGAAACGUUUACAAGAAAUAUGAGAAAAAAAAUCAUGUUACUGAAAUAAAGGCAUAAAAUGAAAAAAAUAUUUACUGGAAUUAAUAAGAAGUUAAUACUUUAGAAUAUUGUUACAUGAAUAAUAUAUUACAGGAAAAAAGUAAUGAAUGAAAGUGAAAAUAAAAUUGAAAUAUCAUGAGAAAAAAUAAUGCUUUCAAGUUACGAGAAAAUAAUUGUAAUGUUGUGAAAAUAAUGAGAAAAUAAGAAAAAGAAAAGGUUAUGAAAAUGAUGAAAAAUAAACAGCAAAAUGAAUGUAAAUGAAAAUAAAUGUUAUGUUACAAAAAAUGUUGAGAUAUUAUGAAAACAAAGUUUUAAUGUAACAAAGGGAAAUAUUAUGAAAAAAGGUGUGCUACAUGAAUAAAGUACUAAUGCAAGGGAUAAAGUAGGAAUGCUAUGAUAAAUAAUAUAAUAUGAGUGGAAAAGUUCAUUCUUCAGAAAACCAAAUGUGUAUCAUGAAAAAGACGCAAUUAUACGAAAUUAAAAAUUGUCAUUUUAUCAAGUCGAUGGCCCUAAAACUCUUUGAAAGUAUAAGUAAUGCUUAUUUGAUGAAACAGUCAGUGUUCCCAUGCGUGUGCAAGACCAAACAUGCUGUGCCAACACGCACCUCGUCCAACCGUGCUUGAGCACGACACGGUGCACUGACACAACUUUAGGUGGUAACCAUGCUUGAGCAAAUACAGGUUGCCUCAGCGUCACUAUGUAGCCGUUGUUUCUCUACCUAGGGGGGAACACUUUCAUCAACCCACAAAAAAUGUCAAAACUAAAGGCCAAAAAUACAUAUUUGAACAUUUUCCAGAAUUAAAAAAAGUGUUAUGUGUUCUGUACAUUCUGUCACAUCAAAAAAAAAAAGGUUACUAGCAAUGCAGAGAACUGAAGACUAGGGAUGCGCCGAUCGAUUGGCCACCGAUCAAAAUCGGCCAAUUUCCGUGAAAAAGCACGUGAUCGGCAUAAGCCGAUAAAUGCCUUUCAACAUCGAUCACCCCUGGCUCGUACUAUUGCAGCAUGCAGCCUGUCGCGAGCGUCUCCUGCCCACUUUCCUUUCCUUCACAUUGCGCAGACGUGCCAAACCCAAAACAAUCAUGUCUGCUGUGUGGGACUUGACUGUUGUUUGUGAGAGUGAUAUACAUUUUGCACUCUCCAAAACAAGCCACGGGCAGGGGUAGCACGUUAAAAAGCUUUAAUUUAAUACGGCAUUUGAAGAACAAACACUUGGCGGAGUAUGGUGCGUUUUCCAGGCUCACUCUGUGAUCAUCGGUCCAACGGCAGCUAAUGUAGCCAACGCUGGACGCUCGCCCGUACGUGCGUGCGUGACAGUCUGAUGUCUAAAGCAAAUAACCCCAAAAAAUUAUCGAAUUCACCGGAUGAGAUGACUGUCCUUCGUCUGCGGUGGAAGACACCGGGUUCGCCGGCUGCUCUCUCGCUUGGAACCCACCCACGUGCUACUGGAAGUCCGGCUAGAGCUCCACCAAUGUACAUCAUUUCACAUCCAAAGUCUCAUCCUCGGGAAGUUUCACCAGUGAUAUAUGUUCAUAAGUCAAAUAUGUUUUCGCCUAAAUGAAGGUGAUGGUUCCCUUUUUCAUAUCAUACAGCCAAUAGGAAAUGUAAAAAUGUGUACUUAAUCUAUGUGAUCGAUAUUGGCUCAUUUCACUCUUGGUUGAUGGGUAUUGGAAUCGGCAGCAUAAAACCUGAUCGGAGCAUCCCUACUAAAGACUACGGAGGACUCUUAUGAAAAAAUAUCUACCAGUUCACUCAUUCACUUCUUUUACUUACCAGCGUGAACAAAGAAAGUCAUCCACUUUUCAGCUUCCCUGUCUUUUAAUGUGAAGAAAACCUCCUGAAUGUCAAUACUAUUGCACCAUGACAUGAACCUCCAACAGACUUACUCAACAACCACUUUCAUAUACAGACUGUAAACUCUCGUCUCUCUAGGUAGUGUACAAUGUGCUUAUAUUCCAACAGCUUUCAUGCAAAUACUCACGAUGGCAUCACAGUAUGAAUUCACUGCAUCUUCAUUCUUAGCUCUGCUCUGUCUUGGCAGUGAUGAAUAAAUCAAUUACAAAAAAACAGAAUGUUGACGUUACACAUAUUGUCUAUUCUAACACCUUCAAUGCACAUGAAUUUACACUGACACAAAUACAAUCAAUGCUCAGACGUGAUAUGCGGGUCUUGUCCUCGUGGUCAAUUUGGCACAAGGUGUAAAAUACUGCUACAAAGUGUCAUCGUUGGACAUGUAUAAUAAGAACACUAUGGUUUGCUGAGAUACUUAAGUGAAUAACUGAGGUAUCGCAGAACACAAAAAAGGAGACUCCUCUGAGGGCUCAGCAAGCUACAAACAAACCAUGGCUGACCAGCACCGUUUCAUGCCUGGUUCCUCAUGGAGCAUCUUCAAGUUGGAACGGACCUCUCGUGAACCUGCGGGCUCCAAUUGGCAGCGAGGCCCCCUCCUUAACGCGACGUCUGCUGACACCAUAUAAGGAAGUGAGCCCCCCUCCCCCGCCGCCGUCUCCAAAAGAGCAAAGGGGAAUAAACACUUUAGUGAGUCAUCUAGAGGAGGGAACACUUCAAGAACUUGAUCUUCUUGGACUUUUUCUCGGUGAUCUUGAUGGGUUUGCCUGAUGCGCCACCAUUGGUGUCUGUCUAUUGAGGAAAACACCAUCACAUGAACGACCAAAACAAACAUAAAGCAAGUACGCCAUGAGCACUUACUGUCUUUGAGCUGAGAUUGUGCAGUAUGUCUCUCCCCAUGCUAUAAAAGGCCUGAGUACAAUCAAAACAGGAUGUUCAAUAUUUCAUAAGCACAUUCUAAAUGUCAAUAUUAAAAUGUUGACCUACCUCCUCUACGUUUAGACUGGUCUUUGCGCUGGUUUCCAGAAACUUAACACCAUAAUCAAUAGCCAGCUAAAGACAGAGAAUAACAUUGCAUACACACUGGACACUUUCAUGGCAUUCUCAUGUUCUGUUGGCAGAGAGGGACUUACUUUUUCACCUCUGUCUUUGGACACCUGUCGCCUGUCUGUCAUGUCACAUUUGUUACCCAGGAUCAUUUUCUCAACAUCUGAUGAGGCAUGCUGGGAGAGUUUACAAGUCGUGAUGCAUAUUCAUGUACAUUACGGAGCCUUUAAUAACAAACUAAUGAGAUCCAAUGCAACAGUGGUAUCAAUAUUUAACAACAUGUGCAUCAUUGUGCUUGUACUUUGCACUAAUGGUGUACAAUUGGGUCAUACUGAGGGAUGUUUCUACUACUCCAAGUUCCAUCCAUCCAUGUUCUAUGCCGCUUGUCCUCGCUAGGGUUGCGGGGGCAUGCUGGAGUCUAUCCGAGGUGACUUUGGGCGAGAGGCGGGUACACCUUGGACUGGUCACCAGCCAAUCGCAGGGCACAUAUACUGUAGACAAACAACCAUUCACACUCACAUUCAUACCUAUGGACAAUUUAGAGUCUGCGGUCUUUUUGGUUUUCGUCUGGCCUUUUGGACCAUAUGAAUAACAAAAACCGAGAUUCGGCUGCACUGUAUGCCUGUAAUUGUGGCAAAUUGUUAACACGUACCGGUAAAUGGAAUUUAAAAUGUUUUUUAGCUGUGGUUUAGCUUUUUAUGGGUGCAUUAUUAUUCACGUUCUUUCACCAUUCGAGCGGGUUACAUUGCAAGACCCCUGCGAAUGGCAAAAAACAUAAAAUAAUGUUGAAUUUUUGGGUUAAUACUGUAUUACAAAUACCCUUCAGCACUGCAAACUACAACCACAGUGCGUAGGGCCUCACAAUCCAUGGGGGGGGACCCAUUUUGUGCAUAGGGGCGCAUUCUCACCAAAAGUGCAAUGGAUGCGCAUCGCUGCCGUGAGGCAGAGACCACCAAGUCAGCCCAAGGCAGGAGAGAAAAAAAGACAAGUAAUCUGAUAACGCACUUGUUGCCACAAUGACUGCCGAAGAAUAAGAAUAAAAUGGCAGAAUUCACUUAAUCACCUGUCAGUCUCUGUUGGUGUAAUGGUACAGCUGCUGCCUUUUAAGGCAGAAGGCUUGGGUUCAAUCUCAGCUCUGAACAGUUUUUUUUAAAAAUUCUUUUAAUUUGUUAUUUUGUACAAAAAUAAUUACUUUUCUCUGUCUUAUUAUUACUUAAAAACAUGCUUCUAACUAAAUUGAAGUCAAAUAAUAUAAAAAUAGCUUUUAAUGGGUCAGUAAUGACCACAGCUGCCCGGGUGGGCCCAAUGUGAUUUUUUUUCAUGGCGCCCAAAAUUCCUGGCGGCGCCCCUGUAUCUUUGUAAAAGCAGAAUUUUUGAUACAGCUCUUGUAUUAGAUCUCAUUAGAUAAGUUGAUCAUUUAAAUAUAGUCGUCCUUCGUUUACCACGGCAUUAAAAAAGCCUAACAUUAAUCUGCCAUACACGGACAUACACUCCGACAAUACCGCUAGCUUUGUUUACUCCACACUGCGCACCGCUUAUGCGCAGGCUACGGGAUCUCUGAAUUGACGCAAGAGACGGCCAUCGCUUUAAUAUUAUCAAGCUACCACGCUAACUGUUUAGCAUACAAUUUAUUUAUUGAAGGACGAAAUAAGAAGCCAAAAACUUACCACUUCCACAUGAGAGGAGAACUUUUAUUCACUAUGUCAUGUCGGACUGGCUGCAUGUUAAGGUAAUGCGGUGUAAAGAAAUGUCUUAUCAAUGUAACAUUACCGAUGCCUGGUGAACAGAAUACUACAUAUGGCUUGUCUUUCAGUGUUUUUGGACUAAAUAUAGGCCAUCGUCAACCACAAAAGAGCAAUCAUUUAUUAAUUCAUGCAUUUUUGAUAAAACAUGAUAGAGCGAGGGAGUGAUGUUCAAACCGCGAUGUAGCGAGGGACGACUGUAAAUACAAAGCUCACCUCUUCUAUAUUUCGGAUCCAGUUUUUAAUGUUUUCAAAUGACUUUUCAUUGGAGAUAUCGUAGACGAGCAUAAUUCCCUGAAAUUACGACAAACAAAUAUUUACAAUCCACUUGACUUUCUAGUACAGUUUGCAGUGAGUGAGGACUUACCAUCGCUCCUCUGUAGUAAGCUGUGGUGAUGGUGCGAAACCUCUCCUGGCCUGCAGUAUCCCUGAGUGCAUCAAAGUAAGAAGAAUAAGUGCCCAAAAAUAAAUACAAUUCCAUGAAGUAUUAAAGCGCUCACCAAAUUUGAAGUUUGACUCUCUUUCCAUCCAGCUCUAUUGUCCUGAUUUUAAAAUCGAUUCCUGCGUUAGAAUAAACGUAGAGGUCAAAAGGCACUAAUGCAUGCAUGAAUUACCAUUUUUCUAUCUUUCUAAUGGACGCCAAGUUUUAAUUCAUCGACGUCCAAUUGCUGACUGGAUGUUGCAAAAAGUAAAGCUCCGUGCAUAUUACUC